GGUUGUUCAUCGGUUAUAUUUAAUUUUCAUAUGCCUAGAGGGAAGUGCGCUCUUUGUAAUUUGAAGGACACAUUAAACAAUUAAACAAAGAGCUAUGAGAACAAAACAAUAUGAAAUAGUACGACAUAAAUCUUUCGUAUAAGCAACUCAAUAAAUUAAUGUUAUUUUGACAUGUAAAUACAUAAGCAUAACAACAAGCUUUAUAGAGCACAAACACUAGUUCCAACUUCCGUACAACCCAACAUUUGAAUUGAACAAAAAAUCUGACUGUAAAUUGCGUCUCGACAAUCGAUCAGUUAAAAUUUUAAAAUUUUCGUUAUGUCGGUCUGUUGCCAUAUUGUCGGUGUUGUCAUAUUGAAUAUCGUAUUGCUAGGUGUUUCCAGUUUUAUUGAAAUCAUUGUCAUAGAGAUUAAGUUUCACUUAUUUCUUAUCAGGUUUAUAAACAUUGCCUUUACGAUUCGCUUAUCGAAGUUGCUUAUUUAAUAAACGUUUCCAAAUCGAACGUUUGGAGAUAAUCAAAGGCUAUAGAAAAUCAAAUACUUCUCUAUGCAAUCAAGGAAAACUUUUGAAAUAUCGGCAAAACAAGUGAAAUAAAUUAUCUUUGACAUAAAUCCGCGAUUUCAAUGUUGUGACGUUAUGACGUUUCGUUUAAAUUACGCUUAUCACCCUAUAAUUUCAUUUUCGUCAUCAGGCGUUGCGCUAUCGAAUAAGCGUUACAAAAUAGCUAUCAAAUUUCAAAACGAUCGCUAACACAAAUCAAAACGAUGAAACCACCUUCAGUAGAUAAACGGCACGUAUAACAGUAAGCCGUAAAUGUAUUCGGUGUUUAAAAAUAAGCCUUUGCACAUAUACGUAUGUCACGAUCACCUGUUGUCUUUGACACUUGUUCCAUAUCAAUAAUCUAUAAACAUUCGCAUCAUAGAGACCCCAAAAAUAUGAAGUCUUCCAAUGACGAAUAUGAUCCAAUCGAAUAUAAUACAGACAGUAUGUAGAGUUGAACAUGAUGUUCAAAAUUGUCAUGAAUUUAUCUGCUAUCAUCACUUACCUUCAUCUGUUAUUUCCGAGCGAAAAAUGGUGACCAAAGUAAAGAUUAUUACACAUUGUUGAAUGGAUGAUAGUAUUAUGGCUCACUGUCAUCUUACAUUAUGCCUUCUGUGUUUCACGGUCCGCUCGCCGGUGCGUAUGUUUAUUUCGGUACAAACCUCGUGUGCAACGUAAUUAAAUGUGUCCUUCGGUUAGCUUACGAGGCGGGUUUUGAUAAAUAAACGAUAAAAAUCGUAGCUUCUUUUUGUGUUACCUCCACAAUUGGUUUACUUUCUUGUAACUUUUUUCUCUUUUCUUCUUUCUCAUUUUACAAUAUUUAAUCAUUUGCAGUUGAAUUGAAAAAACUAGCCGUACAGAUGCGAUCCAAUAACAGCUAACAAUGUGGAAGUAUCAAAAUGAUGUUUACAAAAAGAGGUACUCAGUCUAGCUUUGGGCUGAUUUUUUAGUUUGUUAUAUACAACACAUCAAAAAACAUGGCAUCUUCGAAGAAAUCUAGUGGAAGCAUCCACAAAGUUCGCGAGUUCGAACUUGAUAAAGUGGUCCUGUCUGACGAGUUUGACAUCUUACAAAUUGUUGGCGAAGGAUGGUUUGGGAAAAUACUGCUCGUAGAGCAUCGUGCUACCGACACGGAGAUGGUACUGAAGCUGCUACCCAAACCGUUCGUCUCGCUGACAGACUUUUACAAGGAAUUUCACUUCAGUCUUAUGCUGGGGCAGCAUAAAAAUAUUGUUACCACUUAUGAUGUCGCUUUCGAAACGGCCGGAUUCUACGUAUUCACCCAGGAGUAUGCACCAUUAGGAGACCUAACAUCAAAUGUGUCGGACAGUGGAAUCGGUGAGCUGCACACAAAGCGUGUUGCUAGACAACUUGCGUCAGCGAUCGAUUAUAUUCAUCAAAAAGACCUUAUACACAGAGACAUCAAAUUGGACAAUGUGUUAGUGUUUCGAUCAGAUUUUGCUCGCAUCAAGCUCUGUGACUUUGGAGAAUCGAGGAAACUCGGUGAGGAGGUACUGAGGCGUAACGAAUGGCUACCGUACAGUCCUCCCGAAGUGUUGCUUGUGAAAACGGAUGAUAAAUACAAGACUGAUACGGCCCACGACGUGUGGCAGUUUGGCAUAGUAUGUUUUGUGUGUCUCACAGGCUGCCUACCCUGGCAAAAGGCAUCUCUUGAUGAUCCUCGAUAUAAUCGUUAUCAGCAAUGGCACCAGGCAACUCUUACGUUUCCAAUGAAGCGCUGCCCAAAGCUAUUCAAACUGCUUUCUGCAAGGGCGUGCAAGCUGUUUAAGAAAUUCCUAGAUCCCCGAUCGGAUCGAAGACUAAAGACGCUGAGCGAUUUGCAAAAGUAUCUCGAUGACCGAUGGCUUGGAAAAACAGCAGAAAAGGAGAUGGCUGAAAAUGAACCAGAUGAAUUGUGUCCUUCGAUGUACUCCUUCCACAGCAGCGUUGAGGAAAAAAAUAAGCUCCUAGGAACACUGGCACAAUGUGGCAUCGAGACGACCGUUGAUCGUGCCGCCAAGAAAAACCGUAUACGAGACUGGAUCCAAUCAUCGGUGAUCGUAGAGGAAGAGGAGGAAGAUGAUUCGGGCUCGGCUACACCCUCAUCAACCGUUUCGCGAACAGCCGUUCCCGGACACGUUUCUUCCGUCGCCGCAAUUGAGCGGGCGGAGAAAAAGAUCAACUCGACUGUAAAGGAAGCAUCACAGAAACACAUCGAUCCACGGACUGGAACGGUACAGGUCGGGCCAAGUGAGAUGGGAUCAAUAAACGCGCGGGAUAGUAACAAUAACUGGUCGUCGCCAAACAUUAACGGACAUUCAAUUACGACAAACUCUGUCAAGCCCAGCCUCCUCGCGGCUACGCACGGUCUAGUGAAGGAGGCAUUUAAUACGGUUGCAUCAGUUACGGUACCCGGGACGGAAAUCAAUCGCAAUGGAUCGGUUAAUAAAAAGAGUAGCGUACAAGAUAGUGGGUACGGUAGCUUGAAAGGAGGACUCAAGAGUGGUCCAAAUAGUAGGAAAAUUUCCAAAUCGCCAACUCUUCCCAAGCGGUCCACCUUCAUACGAUCUGAGAACAAUCCCUAUGAAGAGCAAGAAUCGGCAGAAGAACGUGAUAGUCAGAGUUUGGAAUUUGACGAACUAGAAACCGAUCGUGGAUCGGACGGUUUUCUCAAUGCAGUACCCACCAAACAAGUGCCUGAGAAAAGCCAGAAAAGCACUUACGAUAGGAUCUUCUUUCGAAGAAAGUAAUGCUGCAAACUUGUCAAUUUGAUUUAUCGUUUUCGUUUCAAUUAUUUACCGUGAAUCCCGGAGAUUGCACGUAAAAGUGUGGUACGCAUGUGUGUGUGUUGUAUGUAAAUGAAGUUGUUGGAGCACAGACUUGUUCAUGUUUUGCAAAACAUCAAAACCAGCACCGAAUUACAAAGCAAAUUGCACCGAUAGCUAAUGCACGUGUUAAAUUUCACCAUUUUACGCUACAGCACGGCGAUUUGUUUAAUGAACAGCUGAGUGAAUCGUUCCAGCUUGUGGACCAUGACUAAAGUUCAAUAAAGUAUCACUGUGUAUAAUUUUGUAAAACUGCUCUUCUAUUCAUCUCCCUUAUAAGGCGUAACAACUGUCCACUGUAUCUUUAUUUCACCCAAAAUGAUAGCAGCAGAAACCGCACCGAAUGAUGCAGCUAGCCAGCAGUUGUACGUUUCCUACGUCAUUUACUAUUUGCUGCCAUUUAGUGAUGCUUCAGACAGUGUAUAUCUUCAUAUAGCAACAUCUUUAUGACCAACAUGCAAAACAACAAAAUGUGUGGUCCAAUAUUGUUUAUCAGGUCAUUAACUCCCACACUUCGCAAUGUUCUGUGUAAUUAAGAGCGUAAGCUUUUAAUGCUUUACAAUCAUACCACUUGUUCCUAAAAUCCAACACCAAUAAAAAAUGUUCCUGCUCGACCUACAGACCCACAAAAUUAUCAACCUUCGCCUGAAGAUACUGGCACACAGCGGGCAAGUCGCACUGUCGCUUGAGCACGAUACUAUUUAUCGAACGUUUUGUAUCAAAUAAGUAGACAUCUACAUCACAAACGGUCAUGAAACGUGAUUCAAGGCUACAAACAGCUUUACUCUGACUUUACCGGAUUUAGAGAAAUCACGAAACACGAGGGUAUGGUCAGUAAUCUCUUGUCUGACCGUCAAGAUUGCUUUCGUCGGAAUAAGAUAAUGUGCCUCAAGCAUCGUCAUUUGUGGGCGCGUUUUUUUUUUAUAUUACGUUUAUCAUAAGUAUCAGCUUUGAGAAGUUAGCUUAAGAAUCAGAUAAGCAAAGUGCGUACCAUUACACCUUACCAGCCUGCAGUGAUACUUAUGCAGACACUCAUCAGCCUGACACAGUAGCCGUUUUGGCUGUCAGUGGUCAGUUAGUUGUUCUAGGAUUCUGUACGGAAACAUACUUCAAGUGUAGUGAAUAAAGUAUUGAAUUUCAAUUGAAGCAGAUCCACUGGAAAACAAA